AUGGACACCACUCUUAGGGAGAGGUUUGGAGCAGAUGGCCAGUGGGUCGGUUUCGAGGCCCUGGCUGCGGGAGGCCGGGGCAGCCGCCCGCCCCGCUCGCCCCAGGCCGCCGGCAGGAGGCGCGCGAGGGCCUCAGGCCGGGCGCUGAUCGCCCAGGCCUCUUUUAAGCUGGGUGUCUCCGGCUGUCUCUCCCCUUUCUGCCUCCGCGCGCGACUCGGUAAGUGGCUUUCGACCGGCUCGACGCUAGGGCCCUCCGCGUGGCCCGGGGGUCUCUCCAGGGGCACUAACCAGGAGCGCCCCCCGGUCCGCGCGUCCGCCCCAUGCGGGCGGCUAGGGCUAGUGUUCGACCUCAGCUCGGCUCCCCCUCAGAGAGGCCUCCCAGGACACCCCCUCCAGGAAGGUGUGAGAGCUCUUCUGCGGCGAGGACAUCCUCGGGGUACCGGGGACCCUUCCUCCCCAGAAAUAACGCUCUUGGCGCCUAAAGUCCCUCUUUCCCCCAGGGGCCGAGGCGCGCGUCACUUGUGCCUGGGACCCCGAUGCUCAAGGGAUCCGGGCCACAUGGAGCUUCAAGCUCCUUUUGCAAUGAAAAGAGAAAAACAAGACUCUUGGAGAAUGGAACCGACCCGGGGCGGAGGCGCAGAGCCCUGGACGGUGUCCCGAGUUGGGGCGCACGCAGGGCCCCCGCCUGCCCGUGGGCUUUGAGGACCCUGAUACGGUCUAUUUAGGAAGCGGAUGAGAUCACGGGCCUGAAACACUUUAGGCUUCGGGGCAGAGCAGUGUUAAUUCCGGUGUUAGCAAGAAACGGAGGUAAUUUCGCCCACACUGACAUUCCCCCUCCGCAAAUGCCUCAGUUGCCACUUCGCUCUGUGGUUGGGCUCCUUAAAAGGCCUGCGUGACUCUCGUGGGAGCGGUUAGCUGCUGCGAGCCUUGAUGAGGGAGCAAUUUUCUCCACCCCCCCCCCCGCCCCCAGUCACCUUUUCAGCAUUGACAGUGCGUUAUGCAGCAGGGGACCCUCUUCCAUAACGUGUGUGGGGUCUCAUGAGUGUGAGGCCCGUCAUCGUUUUCUGGCCUGAAAAAUAGUCGGAACCUUUGGGGUUCUGACUUGUGUUCGCCAAGAUAAACAGGAAAAAUGGCCCUAGAGAAAGUUUGUCUCGAGGAAGCGUUUGUAAUUUUCACUCUGGUCCUCAGCAUUAGAGGGCUUGCUUUUUUUUUUUUUUUAAAUAGAGGGCAUUUUAAGUGUUAUACCGGUAUACAUUCCUAUCGAGAGCGUUACUCUCCGGAUUUAAUAAAAUUUGUCAAGAUUUCAAUUUAUAGCUGAGUGAAUGAAGGACUCGUUAUCGUUGGUUACCGCUUAGUAAUCUCUUGAAAUGGGAGACUUGUGGGAUGUUUACAUGUUUGCCUCAGUGGUGAGAGACCCUUUUACUGAUCAGAAAGUAUCUGAUUUUCCUGAUGCGAGCUGUGACCUAAGCACGCCCCCCCCCCCACCGCCCUUUUUUUAAAAAACCGUUCCCUCUGGGAGAGGGACAUGGCUGAAAGCCAGUGUCUAUUUAAGGACUGUGGGAACUGAGCUAGUGUUGACAGGGCUGUUCUCAUUUCAGUGGCCUCUGCCUCCGCCUCUGUACACUAGUUUCAGGAUUCCUUUUUUUUUUUUUUUAAUGUGAAGAGUUUGUUUCCAUCUUUCAUAGGUAAAUACUGUUACCAGUAAUGUUUAUAUUUUUUCCCCAAGUUAAUUGUUCCAUGCUAGUGUAACAAGGAGAUAAAGUUAGAAAGAUGGUGACUGCUGACGCCCAGGGUGUCUCCUGGCUGGGAAUUUCAGGACAUUCCCAGUGUCAGGAAAUUGGGAAAAUAUUGCUGUUUUACAAGAAUUUACAAGAACUCAAAGUUAGCUCUUUAGUCACCAAAGGUAAAUAGCCCAAUAAGAUACUCUUUACCAAAAAAAAGACAAAAUGCCCAAAAAGUAAAAUUUUUUUUAAAUUAGUGAUAUUCUUAACAUUGUUUUUCUCUUUUCCUACCAGGCUGACAAGAUGUUAACAAGCUUAAGGGCUGGUGCUUGAAAGAAGCUCUUCGAGGAGAUAAGGUGUAUUUGAACAUGUGAUGACUGAUAUAUACAGAAUAGAGCUUUUUGCUAAUUGUCCUUUUCAUGGUGGUAGCAAGGGUGAAUUUUAGAAAAAAAAAAAACUGCCAAGUAUCUGUAAGAAUAUAUAUCUGCCCUGUAGAGAAUUUUUGGCAGAAUUCAAUUCCAUUAUAUUUUUCUGCCAUCCAGCCUGAAUCUUGACACAGUAGCUAGACUAACUAUUCUACAACUAUCUUAAGAGAACUUGGCUAGCUGCUUUAAUUUACAAAGGUUAUUUUUAAAUCCCAUUCUUUUGAUUAUGCUUUUGUGCUUGCAGUUUUGUCUAAUCAUUUUGAUGAUUAAAUUUGACCCCUUGAAUAGAGGACAGAUCAGCGGAGGAGUUUGUUGCAUAGCAUUUUGAGGGUAGGGGCUGAGGAACUGUUCUACACUUUGAUUAUAGUGGUAAUUACAUCUGUCAGAAAUUUUGAGUGAGUUUUACUGAAUGUAAAUUCAAUUUCAAUAAAUAUGACUUAAAAAC